AUGAGAGAUGGAGAGGUAAAUGUAGAAGGAAAUGUUUCCAUGGUGAAAGAAUUUGUCCUGCUGGGAUUCUCUGACCUUCCAUACCUCCAGGGGUUCCUCUCUGGCAUAUUCUCCAUAAUUUAUGCAAUAAUCCUAAUUGGAAACAGCCUGAUCAUCAUUCUAACUAUGGUGGACCGUGUUUUACAAAAACCCAUGUAUUUUUUCCUGGCCAAUUUUUCAGCUCUGGAAAUCUGUUACGUGUCAGUCACUCUGCCUAGGCUUCUGGUCAGCAUGUGGACACAGGAUAGAAACAUUUCUCUGCUGGAAUGUGCUACCCAGCUGUGUUUCUUCUCAGUCCUCGCAGCCACUGAGUGUCUUCUCCUGGCUGUGAUGUCCUAUGACCGCUAUGUGGCCAUCUGCAACCCUCUCCACUAUCCUCUUGUCAUGAACCCAAAGAAGUGCACUCAGCUGGCAGCCGCAGCCUGGCUCAGUGCCAUGCCAGUCCAGAUAGGACAGACGUGUCAAAUAUUCUCUCUGCAUUUCUGCCAUUCCAACCAAAUUGACCACUUCUUCUGUGACAUACCUCCCAUGAUGAAGUUAGCUUGUGGGGACACCUCUGUGCAUGAAUUGUCUGUCUAUGUAGUAGCGAUGUUGUUAGCUGUGGUUCCUUUUCUGUUGAUACUUGCUUCUUACAGCAAAAUCAUUUCUACCAUUCUGAGGCUACCUACAGCCCAAGGACGGGGUAAGGCCUUCUCUACCUGCUCUUCCCACCUUCUGGUUGUGGUUUUAUUUUAUGGAUCUGCUAGCAUUACCUACUUCAGGCCAAAGUCCAGUCAUUCAGCUGGAAUUGAUAGAUUGCUUUCUCUUUUGUACACCAUCUUGAUUCCUAUGUUCAAUCCAAUGAUUUACAGCCUUAGGAACAAGGAGAUGAUUGCUGCUGUGAAAAAAUUAUUACUUAAAACAUAG